AUGGAAACCCUCCAGAGACACUUUUACAGUCUCGAGAAGCAGCCCCACUAUACAGUCUCCACCUUCUCGACCUCGUCGUCUCCAUCGGCUGCUUCGUCGUUGACAGAUUCUCAGGAUGAUCUUUUGCCUGACUUGUGGCUCCAACCAUCAUCUCCACAACCACCAAGUGGAUUUGGUACGUCAAUGGCUUCACAUGCGCCGCUAAAUCCCAUGGCCACCGUGGCUAGUCCCUCAUCCAUGAUGAAUGCGACCUCUCCACACUCCGCGCUUGGUGGCUACACCGAUUACCACCUUUCUGCGCCUGCAAUGCAAGGCAACAUGAUGCUUCGCGAGGCAUCGUUGGAGUAUGCACAGCUGCUCUUACCACAUAGCCUUCUUGUUCCCCUCACUGAGGAGAAUUUGGACUACAACCUGGCCCGAGUGGCUAGUGGUCCCAAUGUUGCCACACCCGUGGCCAAUGGCUCAGACCGCGUGGCUGGUGCUCACCAUCACCACCACCAUCAUCACCACGACCACAAUCAGAAUAACAACCAAAACCAACAUAUCCACCACCAUGACAUCCACCAUGACAUUAACGACUUCCAACCUGAGGUGACCUCCGACGAUAUCUUCAACUUUGAGCAACAACAGGCUCAACAACAGACUAGACCUCAUCACAACAACCAGAAAUCCAGACAGGGUUCUGUGUCGUCGUCGGGAUCGUCGAAAGGUAAGAACAUCAACACUCAGCUCUACAAGACCGAGCUUUGUGUGUCGUUCAUCAAGAUGGGUGUGUGCCCAUACGGCAACAAGUGUCAAUUUGCCCAUGGAGAGCACGACUUAAAGGUGGUGGAGAGACCAGCCAAUUGGCGGUCGAAGCCAUGUGCCAACUGGGCUAAGUUCGGCUCGUGCAGAUACGGCAAGAGAUGCUGUUUCAAGCAUGGCGACUAG